ACCAAACUGCACAUAAGCUUCCUGAAUUCUAGCUAACCUCUAAUCAAUUUUCCCUUUUUCCCACUGUUUUUCUUUUUCUCGUAUCUUUUUAUCCAUAUCUUUCCUGCUUCCUCCUUUUACUUUUUCAUACGAUUGGAGUAUGCAAUUGAAAAUGAUUUGCUUGUAAUAAAGGAAGUUAAAAUUGAUGAAGGCAAUGAUAUCAUAUGACACUAAUAUAACUCCAAAUUUCCAAUAUGGAGAAGCUCUAUCAAAAGUGUUGAAAAAGUAUAAGACUAAAAAAAAAUCAAAGCUUUGGACUGAUUGAGGGAUAAUGGCUUCUGUGUUUCAGCUAUAGAUACAGUUUCUUGUAUGUAUAUGUGGUGGUGAUGAUGAAGAAGUUGAUGGAGAGAUGGAGUGUGGUUUGGUUGUUCUUGUUGGUGGUGCAUGUUUCUGCUAAUAUGGAAAGUCUGUUUUCUUUCUUCUUUAUUUGGUGUUUUCUUUUGGGUUGUCUGUUAUAUCUUGUUUCUACUUCAUGUUUUGUCUGCAUAGGUGACGCCUUGCAAAGCCUUAAGACAAGCUUACAAGAUCCGAACAACGAGCUCAGAACCUGGGACUCGACCCAUGUCAACCCGUGCACUUGGUUCCACGUCACCUGCAACGAUGACUCCAUCGUGAACAGACUUGAUCUAGGGAACUCUGCUUUGUCUGGUGAAUUAGUCCCAGAGCUCGGCGUAUUGAAGAAUUUGAAGUACCUGGCGUUGUACAACAACAACAUCAGCGGGGCAGUUCCAGAUGAACUCGGAGACCUAACUAAUUUGGAGAGUCUGGACCUGUACAUGAACAGUUUUACCGGUCCCAUUCCUGAAACGUUGGGGCAGCUUUCCAAGCUGCGUUUCCUCCGGCUAAACAAAAACAACUUCUCGGGCACCAUCCCUAUGUCAUUGACCAACCUCUCGUCUCUGCAAGUGUUGGAUUUAUCAAACAACCAGCUUUCGGGUGUGGUUCCGGAUAAUGGCUCGUUUUCAUUGUUCACGCCAAUUAGUUUCGAAAAUAACUUGAACCUGUGUGGCCCAGUCAUUGGACAGCCAUGCCCGGGAUCGCCUCCGUUUUCUCCGCCCCCUCCGAUUAUUCCGCCAUCCCGAGCGGAUGAGGAUCCCGAAGUACAUCUCGGACAGCUCAAGAGAUUCUCUCUUCGAGAGCUGCAAGCCGCAACUGACAAUUUCAGCAAGGAAAAUCUUUUGGGGACAGGCGGCUUCGCAAAGGUGUAUAAAGGAAGUCUUCUCGAUGGCUCGCUCGUUGCUGUUAAAAGACUCAAUGAUGCGAGGACUUCCGGCGGAGAGCUCCAGUUUCAGUCGGAGGUCAAGAUGAUAAGUUUGGCAAUGCACCGGAAUCUUCUUAGACUUUAUGGCUUUUGUAUGAGUCCGACAGAACGAUUGCUCGUUUAUCCGUAUAUGGAAAAUGGGAGCGUUGCAUCAUGUUUACGAACAGAUUGUCAAGUUAAUGAGCCACCGAGGCCGCCGCUCGAUUGGCAGACUAGGAAGCACAUCGCUCUCGGUUCCGCCCGAGGCCUGUCAUAUUUGCAUGAAAACUGCGAGCAAAAGAUCAUUCAUCGCGACGUCAAGGCUGCAAACAUCUUGCUAGACAUGGAUUUAGAGGCUGUUGUCGGAGAUUUUGGUAUGGCUAAACUUAUGAAUUAUAAGGAUACCCACGUGAUAACUUCUGUUUGUGGUACCAUGGGACACAUCGCUCCAGAGUAUCUAGCCACCGGGAAAUCAUCUGAGAAAACUGAUGUUUACGGAUAUGGAAUUAUGCUUCUUGAGCUGAUAACCGGACAGAAAGCUUUCGAUCUGGCUCGCUAUGCCAAGGACGAUGAUGCUUUGUUGCUAGAUUGGGUAAGUAAUCUUUUUUUUUUCAUUUACGAGUUACAAUGGAUACAUAGAAAUGUUGCAUUUUCAUAAGCAAAAUGAAACGAAUAUAUAGAUGCUAUAUGAGAUGCUGAA